GAGGCCGCAAAAAAGGAUGAAGAAGGCUCAAAAGGGCUUGGCUCUGGGACCACAACGGCACGCGUUGAGUUCCAGGAUCUACUGAACAAGGCAAUGCUGGGCGGAAGCAGUUCGACUGGUAUGAGUAUUGAUGUUGAUGAAGAGUCCGUUCUUAUAAUAAAUUUUUGGUUGUACAACUACCUACUAGUACUGGUCACACGAUGACCACCUCACUGAGGCUCAAGCACUGCUCUCUUCGCCUCAAAGCUUAAUCUAGAAUCUCCGUGUUAGAUUAGAUUGUGCAAUAAAGGAUAUGAAUUAGCACUAGGAGCGUGGCUUUGUUGUCGUAGAUGUCAUUUUGUAAUUCUAUCAGAGAACAACUUCGGUUGAUUCUCAACAUUCUGUUCACAUUCUGUCCUGAAGCCCUCUGUGUCAACUGCUGUAACAAUUAGAUACAAAGAGGGGGGCGCCCAUACUUACUCAGGAUUGGGACGCAAUAUCUUUUCGAAGGCGCCUUGUUGAGAAAUAGUAACCGCGACUUGCCUUAGUUGCUUGUUAACAAAAAUGUAAAAAGUGAAGUUUGUCCAUCGGCCACAAGGAAUUACAAUUACAGUAGAAAAGCAGACAUGCAAUUGAGAUCAAGGUGAAUGCUUUUCUUCUAUUUGUAUCGAUGUGACGCAGUGGUCACGAUGAUGAUGAUGAUGAUGAUGAUGAUUUGACUGACUUUUUUCCAGGUCUUAUCUGUUUCUAGUUGGGGCUCUCUAAUCCGGAUGCAAUAUUUAACACGAACAGCCUGAACAUUAGGGGGGCUCUGCGGGGGUUCUACCGUAACCUGCAACCCUUCCCCCUCCCUCUGUCUUGCUGGACUCCCCCCCAGCAGAGUGGAUGUCCCAUCGAGGCUAUAGCUAGUGCCGCCCCUUCUCUCUCUGCUAGUAUUAUUACUUUACGACGAUAUUAUUACUAGUUCUACUCCUUCUCUCUAAAGCGUGCGGCGCGGAUCAUGACCACUUGCCGGCCCCUCUACUGGCUGUCGGAAGUUUUACGCAGAUGCUCUCCGUGAACAGCGGGGAGGUGAAUGCAGCAAAAGAGCUGGCCGCCUCCAAGUACGUGCAAGCAAUGCAACAGAGCAAAAGAGAUUCAGAGGGCAACACGAAUUGGCCAGCGUUAAGGGUGUGGGAAAUUAUCCACCUCCAAAGUAUCCAUCUCCAAAAUGAGAAAACGAGAAGAGAGUAGAGAGGCUGAGAAGAUGGCUGCUGGGAUGGAUUUCUUACACCGCUAACAGAGACCCUCCAAAGCAC